CGCCCCUGAGCAUGAUCAAAACAAAAGACUAGUUUCGUCAUAGCUUUCAAAAAAAAGGCUCUUUUAACAAAUAUUGUGGGAUGUUCGCAAAUAUCAGGAAAAAAAAAGGGGCUGUUCAAAACACGAAAAGCUAGACUUCUAGUAGAGUCAAGAUAGGCGGAAGUGAAAAAAGAGAGAUAAUUUAGUGAUCGCCUUUUCUGUUGUUGUUUUUUCACUCUGGCUGCUCAUGCACUUUGAAAUUUACUUAAUUUAGAUCUGAUCUGUUAUUGACUACUUUAGACAAUGGCCUAUUUAAUGCAUCUAUAAUCUAUAUGACUAUCUUAUAUAAUACAUACGUCCAGAAUCUAUUCGGUAAUUUAUCAGAUCUAGGACUAGGGAGGACAAUUAGAUUAAUGAGCAGACAUUGAGAUCCACUAAAAGUUCCAUGAUGGCUGAUACAAGUCAUGACGCUACUCUUGCUCUGAGCUAUUCAUUAAAACAAAUGAAAGAUGAAAUGGAUGAAACAAAUUUGUUUGCACAGCAAUCUGAAGAACAAGACUUUAAGGUGUCAAACAUAGAAAUAGAGAAGGUUGAAGAAGAAAAAUCAGACCUGUGUAGGCAGCAAUCAGAAAGCUGUCCCUGUGCUCAAACCUCAGAUUCAAACUUCGGGCAUCAGGAAAGUACUGUAAAGCAAGAAAUUGAAAUGGAUGAUUUUACUACAACUAGUAAUAAGCCAUGGACCUUUGCUCCACAACUACAGGAAGUGUCAAUGAAGGCAGACAACAGUCUUUGUCCUGUACCUAUCAUAAUGCCUGGACAUGCCACUGUCACCGAAGUGUCUGUGAGUCAGAUACAGGAAAUCCAAUCAAAAAGAGAAAUGGAUUCAGAAAGUUGUGCAUUUUCGACAAUCAAAAAGGAGGACAAGAAACAAAACCAUCCCAACGAGGCUAUUUUAGGCGAAGAAAUCCAUCUUUCAUCUUGUUCUCAAAAAGAAAAUCCCCAGUGUAAAAUAUGUCUAAAAGAAUACUCUGACUCUUCAUGUUUAAAACAACACCAGAGAAUUCAUACUGGGGAAAAAUGUUUCCAAUGUCCAACAUGUCUAAAAGAAUUUUCUCAGUCUUCUAAUUUAAAAAAGCAUCAGCUAAUUCAUACUGGUGGAAAACCUUUCAAAUGUAAAAUAUGUCUUAAAAUAUUUUCUCAGUCUCGAAUUUUAAAAAAGCACCAACUAAUUCAUACUGGUGAAAAACCUUUCAAAUGUCAAAUAUGUCCUAAAGAAUUUUCUCAGGCUUGUAAUUUAAAAGAACACGAGAGAAUUCAUACUGGUGAAAAACCUUUUAAAUGUCAAAUAUGUUUAAAAGAAUUUUCUCACUCUCAAAAUUUAAAAAAGCAUCAGCUAAUUCAUACUGGUGAAAAACCUUUCAAAUGUCAAAUAUGUCCUAAAGAAUAUUUUCAUUCUCAAAAUUUAAAAGAGCACCAGCUAAUUCAUUCUGGUGAGAACAAAUGUCAUAUAUGUCUAAAAGAAUUUUCUAAGUCUUAUCAAUUAAAAGAACACCAGAGAAUUCAUACUGGUGAAAAACCUUUUAAAUGUCAAAUAUGUUCUAAAGAAUUUUCUCACUCUCAAAAUUUAAAAAAGCAUCAGCUAAUUCAUACUGGUGAAAAAACUUUGAAAUGUCAGAUAUGUCCUAAAGAAUAUUUUCAUUCUCAAAAUUUAAAAGAACACCAGCUAGUUCAUACUGGUGAAAAACCUUUCAAAUGUCAAAUAUGUCUAAAAGAAUUUUCAAAGUCUUAUUAUUUAAAAAAACACAAGAGAAUUCAUACUGGUGAAAAACCUUUUAAAUGUCAAAUAUGUCUAAAAGAAUUUUCUCACUCUCAAAAUUUUAAAAAGCAUCAGCGAGUUCAUACUGGUGAAAAACCUUUCAAAUGUCAAAUAUGUUCUAAAGAAUUUUCUCAGUCUACAACUUUAAAUAAGCAUCAGCUAAUUCAUACUGGUGAAAAACCUUUCAAAUGUCAAAUAUGUCCUAAAGAAUUUUCUCAGUCUCAUAAUUUAAAAGAACACCUGUUAAUUCAUACUGGUGAAAAAACUUUCAAAUGUCAAAUAUGUCUUAAAGAAUUUGCUCAAUCUCGAAAUUUAAACAAGCACCAGCGAUUACAUACUGGUGAAAAACCUUUUAAAUGUCAAAUAUGUCUAAAGGAAUUUUCUCAGGCUUGUAAUUUAAAAGAACACCAGCUUAUUCAUACUGGUGAAAAAACUUUCAAAUGUCAGAUAUGUCUUAAAGAAUUUUUUCAGUCCAAAAAUUUAAAAGAACACCAGCUAAUUCAUACAAAUGAAAAACCUUUUAAAUGUCAGAUUUGUCUAAAAGAAUUUUCUCAGUCUAAAUAUUUAAAAAAGCAUGAGCGAGUUCAUACUAGUGAAAAACCUUUCAAAUGUCAAGUAUGUCUAAAAGAAUUUCUUCAGUCGUAUUAUUUAAAAAAGCAUCAGCGAAUUCAUACUGAUGAGAAAUCCUAGUCAAGGUCCAAUCAAUUAAAUAGAUCUUCUGUUUCUGAUUGAAUUAAUCAUUAAUUAAUUUAUGCUGUUGAAUAAUUAUGUCUAUAAGAAUUACUAGUGAUACACAGUAUGUCAGAAGUGAAUUUUCUAGAUGUUUAGAUAUAAUUAAAAAAAAAAAAGGUGUCAGCUGUCAUCAACAGCAGGAAAAUAGAAUAAUUGGCAACACAGUAUAGGAGUCAAUUUUUUUACUACUUUAAAUUUGUCAUGCAGGGAUGUCUGGCUUUGCGAGUAAAAUCUUUUCUAACUGCAGUAGUGGUGUUGCAAUUUUCAUUGGGGCCCACAUAAGAGUUUAAAAAAAAAACAAGGUGUUGACUUUAAGAAUAAAUAUGUUUAUAACAUUU